AUGAUUUUAGGAGAUUUAGGACGUCGUAUCAGUACGGCAUUAACAGAGCUGAUUAAGACACAAACAGUAGAUGAAAGUGUUUUAGAUGUAAUGUUAAAAAAGAUUUGUUCAGCAUUGCUUGAAAAUGAUGUGAAUGUGGAUUUGGUUCAAAAGUUGAGAGAAAGUAUCAAGAAAAAGAUUGAAUUUAAAAAAACGACUUCAGUAGCCAAUAAAAAACGAAUUAUUUAUAAGACAGUUUUUGACGAAUUAUGUAAACUAGUAGACUCUAGUAGUGAACCCUAUAAGCCAAGAAAAGGCUUUUCCAAUAUUAUAUUGAUGGUUGGAUUACAAGGAAGCGGAAAGACAACAUCAUGCGUAAAACUUGCACACUUUUAUCAAAAAAAAGGGUUUAAGUCAUGUUUAAUUUGUGCAGAUACAUUUAGAGCGGGUUCUUUUGAUCAAUUAAAGCAAAACGCAACUAAAGCUAAAAUUCCAUAUUUUGGAAGCUAUACAGAGACAAAUCCGGUUUCUAUUUCAUGUGAAGGAGUUGAGAAAUUUAAAAAAGAAUUAUUCGAAAUCAUCAUCGUAGAUACAUCAGGGAGACAUAGGCAAGAAAAAGAAUUAUUCGAAGAAAUGGUACAAAUAUCAAAUGCAAUUAAACCUCAUCAGACUAUUAUGGUCCUUGAUGCAAGUAUUGGACAAGCAGCUGAAUCUCAAAGUAGAGCUUUUAAAGAAAGCGUUAAUUUUGGUGCAAUAUUACUCACAAAGAUGGAUGGACACGCAAAAGGAGGAGGAGCAUUAUCUGCAAUAUCGGCAUCAAAAACUCCUAUUGUAUUUAUUGGAACUGGAGAACAUAUUUAUGAUUUGGAGAAAUUUGUCCCUAAUUCAUUCAUUUCUAAACUUCUUGGGAUGGGUGAUAUUCAAGGAUUUAUGGAGCAUUUUCAAUCUUUAAAACUAGAGCAAAGUAAAGACACCAUAAAAAAUAUAGAAAAAGGUGUUUUUACUAUUAGAGACUUAAAAGAUCAUCUUGGAAGCAUUAUGAAAAUGGGACCGAUAAAUAAAUUAGUAAGCAUGAUACCCGGUACAGCUCAAAUGAUGGAAGGAAUUGAAGAAGAAAGUUCAAGAAAAUUUAAAAGACUAAUUUAUAUAAUGGAUUCUAUGACUGAAAAGGAACUUGAUAGUGAUGGUAAAAUUUUUACUAAUGAACCAUCCCGAAUCAUUAGAAUAGCAAUGGGUAGUGGUACAUCUGUAUCAGAAGUAAAAGGGCUUUUAUCACAGCACCAUAUUAUGGCAGGAAUAGCGAAAAAAGUUGGAGAAAAAGGCGGUUUGAAGAACCAAAACAUGAAUCCAAAUUUGCUAAAAAAUCCUCAACAAAUUGCAUCAAUUCAAAAACGAUUGCAAUCUAUAGGUAGUUCUUCAGGAAUUCCUGGAAUGGAUAUGGAUCAAAUUAUGAAAAUGGCUAAUCAAAUAAUGAGCGGUAAAAAAAGUGGAGUUAUGCCAGACUUUUCUAAUUUAAUGUCUCAAUUCGCUAGCAUCUUCAAUAGUACUUCAAACAGUCAAAGCAACCGUAGGCAAUAA